AUGCUUUUGGGGAUGAGCGCGUGCGGCAGGAAGGCGCUGACCCUGCUCAGCAGCGUGUUUGCCGUCUGUGGCCUUGGCCUCCUGGGCAUCUCCGUCAGCACCGACUACUGGCUCUACCUGGAGGAAGGCAUCGUCCAGCCCCAGAACCAGACGGCUGAAAUCAAGCUGUCGCUGCACGCGGGGCUCUGGAGGGUCUGCUUCCUGGCAGGUGAGGAGCGUGGCCGGUGCUUCACUAUAGAAUACGUCAUGCCCAUGAACAUCCAGCUGACAUCCGAAUCCACAGUCAAUGUCCUGAAGAUGAUCCGGUCUGCCACCCCCUUCCCUCUGGUCAGCCUCUUCUUCAUGUUCAUCGGCUUCAUCCUGAGCAACAUCGGCCACGUCCGCCCACACAGGACCAUCCUUGCCUUCGUGUCGGGGAUAUUCUUCAUCCUGUCGGGUCUGUCCCUGGUGGUGGGGCUAGUCCUCUACAUAUCCAGCAUUAACGACGAGAUGCUCAACAGGACCAAGGACUCAGAAACAUUCUUCAAUUACAAAUACGGCUGGUCAUUCGCGUUCUCUGCCAUCUCCUUCCUUCUCACGGAGAGCGCUGGGGUGAUGUCCGUGUACCUGUUCAUGAAGCGAUACACCGCCGAGGACAUUUACCGGCCUCACCCUGGCUUCUACCGGCCCCGCCUGAGCAACUGCUCCGACUACUCGGGGCAGUUCUUGCACCCGGACGCGUGGGCACGGGGACGCAGCCCAUCGGACAUCUCCAGCGAGGCGUCCCUGCAGAUGAACAGCAGCUACCCAGCUCUGCUCAAGUGCCCCGACUACGACCAGAUGUCCUCGUCCCCAUGCUGA